UUCCCUCCGGGGCCUUCGCGCUGCACUGCGCGCCGUCGCCACCCUCUCGGCCGGCACCCGGGCCUCUCCGCGAGCCCGCUGCUGCCCUCUGGCAGAGGCCGGGGAGGACGCGGGGGAGCCGCCUGCCUGACUCUGAGUCCGACCGGUAAUCACUUUUCCCGGGACGUGCGUUGCGGGUCGCCAGAGGCUCGCCGGGGCGAAGUGACUGAUGAUCGAUCCCCUCCCGAGUGCCCUCCGUGAGGCGGGCCGGGCCGGGCCGGUACUGCCCUGAUUUUUUGUGUGUUUUUAACAUCCGCCUCUGGAAUCCGGGUGUUGAGUGCUGCUCAUGGAUUUCCCAGGCUGAAUGGUUUCAGGGUGUGCGGGGUACGUUUUAUCCCGAUGCUUCUGGACAGCCGACGUGAUCUCCUUUGGAGAGAGCGAGCCCCUCUGUGGGCUGCAGAGGCCCGGACUGAGGCGCAAUGAUGAGAGGAUGUGGUGGUCCACUCUGAUGUCAAUCUUGAGGGCUAGUUCUUUUUGGAAGUGGAUAUCUGCUCAGACAGUGAGAAUUAUAAGAGCUCUGAGAUCUCACUUUGAAGAAAUAAUGGAUGAGCCAUCCCCCUUGGCCAAACCCCUGGAGCUGAACCAGCAUUCCCGAUUCAUAAUCGGUUCUGUGUCUGAAGAUAACUCGGAGGAUGAGAUCAGCAAUCUGGUGAAGCUGGAUCUACUGGAGGAGAAGGAGGGCUCUCUGUCACCCGCUUCUGUCAGCUCGGAUACGCUCUCUGAUGUGGGGAUCUCUAGCCUACAGGAUGGCUUAGCCUUACAUGUAAGGUCCAGCAUGUCUGGCUUGCAUCUAGUAAGGCAAGGUCGAGACCGAAAGAAAAUAGACUCACAGCGAGAUUUCACUGUAGCUUCGCCAGCAGAAUUUGUUACUCGUUUUGGGGGGAAUAAAGUAAUUGAGAAGGUUCUUAUUGCCAACAAUGGCAUUGCAGCAGUGAAAUGCAUGCGGUCUAUCCGUCGGUGGUCUUACGAGAUGUUUCGAAAUGAACGUGCAAUCAGAUUUGUUGUCAUGGUUACUCCUGAAGAUCUUAAAGCCAAUGCAGAGUACAUUAAGAUGGCAGAUCACUAUGUACCAGUGCCAGGGGGACCAAACAACAACAACUAUGCAAAUGUUGAAUUAAUUCUUGAUAUUGCUAAAAGGAUCCCAGUUCAAGCAGUAUGGGCUGGCUGGGGUCAUGCUUCUGAGAAUCCCAAGCUCCCAGAACUUCUUUUGAAAAAUGCCAUUGCCUUCAUGGGUCCUCCAAGCCAGGCCAUGUGGGCUUUGGGAGAUAAGAUUGCAUCUUCCAUAGUGGCACAAACUGCAGGUAUCCCAACUCUUCCCUGGAGUGGCAGUGCUCUCCUGGAUUUUUCCAGUGUAAGGCCCUGCUUACAUUGGAAACCCAAGUUGCCAGGUCCUGCUGUAGGUCUUCAUGUGGACUGGCAAGAAAAUGAUUUUUCAAAACGUAACUUAAAUGUUCCCCAAGAACUCUAUGAAAAAGGCUAUGUGAAGGAUGUGGAUGAUGGGCUAAAGGCAGCAGAGGAAGUUGGGUAUCCAGUAAUGAUCAAGGCCUCAGAAGGAGGAGGAGGAAAGGGAAUCAGAAAGGUCAAUAAUGCAGAUGACUUCCCUAACCUCUUCAGACAGGUUCAAGCUGAAGUCCCUGGAUCUCCUAUAUUUGUGAUGAGACUAGCUAAACAAUCUCGUCAUUUGGAGGUGCAGAUCUUAGCAGAUCAGUAUGGCAAUGCUAUCUCUUUGUUUGGUCGUGAUUGCUCUGUACAGCGAAGGCAUCAGAAGAUUAUUGAAGAGGCACCUGCUGCUAUUGCUACUCCAGCAGUAUUCGAACAUAUGGAACAGUGUGCGGUAAAACUUGCCAAAAUGGUUGGCUAUGUGAGUGCGGGGACUGUGGAAUACCUCUAUAGCCAGGAUGGCAGCUUCUACUUUCUGGAACUAAACCCUCGGCUUCAGGUGGAGCACCCUUGUACAGAGAUGGUGGCUGAUGUCAAUCUCCCUGCAGCACAACUCCAGAUUGCCAUGGGGAUCCCUCUGUACAGAAUCAAGGAUAUUCGUAUGAUGUAUGGGGUAUCUCCCUGGGGUGAUGCUCCCAUUGAUUUUGAAAAUUCUGCUCAUGUUCCUUGCCCAAGAGGCCAUGUUAUUGCUGCUCGGAUCACUAGUGAAAAUCCAGAUGAGGGUUUUAAGCCCAGCUCAGGAACAGUUCAGGAACUGAAUUUCCGCAGCAAUAAGAAUGUAUGGGGUUAUUUCAGUGUUGCUGCUGCAGGGGGACUUCAUGAAUUUGCUGAUUCCCAGUUUGGUCACUGCUUUUCCUGGGGAGAAAACAGAGAGGAAGCAAUUUCAAACAUGGUGGUGGCUUUGAAGGAGCUAUCUAUUCGGGGUGACUUUCGAACUACAGUUGAAUACCUGAUCAAAUUGUUGGAGACGGAAAGCUUUCAGUUGAAUAGAAUUGACACUGGCUGGCUGGACAGACUAAUAGCAGAAAAAGUACAGGCAGAGCGACCUGACACCAUGUUGGGAGUUGUGUGUGGGGCUCUCCAUGUGGCUGAUGUGAGCCUGCGGAAUAGCGUCUCUAACUUCCUUCACUCCUUAGAAAGGGGUCAAGUCCUUCCUGCUCAUACACUUCUGAACACUGUAGAUGUUGAACUUAUCUAUGAAGGAAUCAAGUAUGUACUUAAGGUGACUCGACAGUCCCCAAACUCCUAUGUGGUGAUCAUGAAUGGCUCAUGUGUAGAAGUCGAUGUGCAUCGGCUGAGUGACGGGGGACUGCUCUUGUCCUAUGAUGGCAGCAGUUAUACCACGUACAUGAAGGAAGAAGUGGAUAGAUAUCGCAUCACGAUUGGCAAUAAAACCUGUGUGUUUGAGAAGGAGAAUGACCCUUCAGUGAUGCGCUCACCUUCUGCUGGGAAGUUAAUCCAGUACAUUGUGGAGGAUGGAGGCCAUGUGUUUUCUGGCCAGUGCUAUGCUGAGAUUGAGGUGAUGAAGAUGGUAAUGACCUUAACAGCUAUAGAGUCUGGCUGUAUUCAUUAUGUCAAGCGGCCUGGAGCAGCUCUUGACCCUGGUUGUGUAAUAGCCAAAAUGCAGUUGGAUAACCCCAGCAAGGUCCAGCAGGCUGAGCUUCACACUGGCAGUCUGCCACAGAUCCAGAGCACAGCACUUAGAGGCGAGAAACUCCAUCGAGUGUUCCACUAUGUCCUGGACAACCUGGUCAACGUGAUGAAUGGAUACUGCCUUCCAGAUCCUUUCUUUAGCAACAGGGUAAAAGACUGGGUGGAGCGGUUGAUGAAGACCCUCAGAGAUCCCUCCUUACCUCUCCUAGAAUUGCAAGAUAUCAUGACCAGUGUAUCUGGCCGCAUCCCCCCCAACGUGGAGAAAUCUAUCAAGAAGGAAAUGGCUCAGUAUGCUAGCAACAUCACAUCAGUCCUCUGUCAGUUUCCCAGCCAGCAGAUUGCCAACAUCCUAGAUAGCCAUGCAGCUACACUGAACCGGAAAUCUGAACGGGAAGUCUUCUUCAUGAACACUCAGAGCAUUGUCCAACUGGUACAGAGGUACCGAAGUGGCAUCCGAGGCCACAUGAAGGCUGUGGUGAUGGAUCUGCUGCGACAGUACCUGCGAGUAGAGACACAGUUCCAGAACGGUCACUAUGACAAAUGUGUCUUCGCUCUUCGAGAGGAGAAUAAGAGUGACAUGAACACUGUACUGAACUAUAUCUUUUCUCAUGCUCAAGUCACCAAGAAGAAUCUUCUGGUCACAAUGCUUAUUGAUCAGUUGUGUGGCCGGGACCCUACGCUCACUGAUGAGCUGCUGAAUAUCCUCACAGAGCUAACUCAACUCAGUAAGACCACCAAUGCUAAAGUGGCACUGCGAGCACGCCAGGUUCUUAUUGCCUCCCAUUUGCCAUCAUAUGAGCUUCGCCAUAACCAAGUAGAGUCUAUCUUCCUAUCAGCUAUUGACAUGUACGGACAUCAGUUUUGCAUUGAGAACCUGCAGAAACUCAUCUUGUCUGAAACAUCUAUUUUUGAUGUCCUACCAAACUUCUUCUACCACAGCAACCAGGUGGUACGGAUGGCAGCUCUGGAGGUGUAUGUUCGAAGGGCUUAUAUUGCCUAUGAACUUAACAGUGUACAACACCGCCAGCUUAAGGAUAACACCUGCGUGGUGGAAUUCCAGUUCAUGCUGCCCACAUCUCAUCCAAACAGAGGGAACAUCCCCACGCUAAACAGAAUGUCCUUCUCCUCCAACCUCAACCACUGUGGCAUGACUCAUGUAGCUAAUGUCAGCGAUGUGCUACUGGACAACUCAUUCACUCCACCAUGUCAGCGGAUGGGCGGAAUGGUCUCUUUUCGGACGUUCGAAGAUUUUGUCAGGCUCUUUGGUGAAGUGAUGGGGUGCUUCUGUGAUUCCCCACCCCAAAGCCCCACAUUCCCUGAGGCAGGUCACACAUCUCUGUACGAUGAAGACAAGGUCCCCAGGGAUGAACCUAUUCACAUUCUGAAUGUGGCUAUCAAGACUGACUGUGAUAUUGAGGAUGACAGGCUGGCAGCGAUGUUCAGAGAGUUUACCCAGCAAAACAAAGCUACUCUGGUUGAACAUGGAAUCCGCCGCCUUACUUUCCUGGUUGCACAAAAGGAUUUUAGGAAACAGAUCAGCUAUGAGGUGGAUCAGAGAUUUCAUAGAGAAUUCCCUAAAUUUUUCACGUUCCGAGCAAGGGAUAAGUUUGAGGAGGAUCGUAUCUAUCGUCAUUUGGAGCCUGCCCUUGCCUUCCAGUUAGAGCUGAACCGGAUGAGAAAUUUUGACCUCACUGCCAUUCCAUGUGCUAAUCACAAGAUGCACCUGUAUCUUGGGGCAGCCAAAGUGGAAGUGGGCACAGAAGUGACAGAUUAUAGGUUCUUUGUCCGUGCGAUCAUCAGACAUUCUGAUCUGGUCACCAAGGAAGCUUCUUUUGAAUAUCUACAAAACGAAGGGGAACGGCUGCUCCUGGAAGCCAUGGAUGAGUUGGAAGUCGCUUUUAAUAAUACAAAUGUUCGUACUGACUGCAACCACAUCUUCCUCAACUUUGUACCCACAGUCAUCAUGGAUCCAUCAAAGAUUGAGGAAUCUGUGCGGAGCAUGGUAAUGCGCUAUGGAAGUCGGCUGUGGAAAUUACGCGUCCUCCAGGCAGAACUGAAAAUCAACAUUCGCCUGACACCAACCGGAAAAGCAAUUCCCAUCCGCCUCUUCCUGACAAACGAGUCUGGCUAUUACUUGGACAUCAGCCUGUACAAGGAAGUGACUGACUCCAGGACAGCACAGAUCAUGUUUCAGGCAUAUGGAGACAAACAGGGACCAUUGCAUGGAAUGUUAAUCAACACUCCCUAUGUGACCAAAGACCUGCUUCAAUCAAAGAGGUUCCAGGCACAGUCCUUAGGGACAACAUACAUAUAUGACAUCCCAGAGAUGUUUCGACAGUCCCUGAUCAAACUCUGGGAGUCUAUGUCCACUCAAGCAUUCCUUCCGUCACCCCCUCUGCCUUCUGACAUACUGACCUACACUGAGCUCGUGUUGGAUGAUCAAGGUCAACUGGUCCACAUGAACAGGCUUCCAGGAGGAAAUGAGAUUGGCAUGGUGGCUUGGAAAAUGACCCUUAAAAGUCCUGAGUAUCCAGAAGGCCGAGAUAUCAUUGUUAUUGGCAAUGACAUCACAUACCGAAUUGGGUCCUUUGGGCCCCAGGAGGAUUUGCUGUUUCUCAGAGCUUCUGAGCUUGCCAGGGCAGAGGGUAUCCCACGCAUCUAUGUGGCAGCCAACAGUGGAGCAAGAAUUGGAUUGGCAGAAGAAAUUCGCUAUAUGUUUCAUGUGGCCUGGGUAGAUCCUGAGGAUCCUUACAAGGGAUACAAAUAUUUAUAUCUGACCCCUCAAGAUUAUAAGAGAGUCAGUGCUCUCAACUCUGUCCAUUGUGAACAUGUGGAGGAUGAAGGAGAAUCCAGGUACAAGAUAACUGAUAUUAUUGGGAAGGAAGAGGGCCUUGGAGCAGAGAACCUUCGAGGUUCUGGAAUGAUUGCUGGAGAAGCUUCAUUGGCCUAUGAUGAGAUCAUCACCAUUAGCCUGGUUACAUGUCGAGCCAUUGGAAUUGGGGCUUACCUUGUCCGGCUGGGACAGAGAACCAUUCAAGUUGAAAAUUCUUACUUAAUUCUGACAGGAGCCGGGGCCCUCAACAAAGUCCUCGGGCGGGAAGUAUAUACCUCCAAUAACCAGCUCGGAGGCAUCCAGAUCAUGCACAACAAUGGGGUGACCCACAGCACCGUUUGUGAUGACUUUGAGGGGGUCUUCACUGUCCUGCACUGGCUGUCGUACAUGCCUAAGAGCGUGACCAGUUCUGUUCCUAUCCUGAACUCCAAGGAUCCUAUAGAUAGAAUCAUCGAGUUUGUCCCCACAAAGGCCCCAUAUGAUCCUCGAUGGAUGCUGGCAGGCCGUCCUCACCCAACUCAGAAAGGCCAGUGGUUGAGCGGGUUUUUUGACUGUGGGUCUUUCUCAGAGAUUUUGCAGCCGUGGGCACAGACCGUGGUGGUUGGCAGAGCCAGGCUAGGAGGAAUACCUGUGGGAGUAGUUGCCGUAGAAACCCGAACAGUAGAACUAAGUGUCCCAGCUGAUCCUGCAAACCUGGAUUCUGAAGCCAAGAUCAUCCAGCAGGCUGGCCAGGUUUGGUUCCCAGACUCUGCAUAUAAAACCUAUCAGGCUAUCAAGGACUUCAACCGUGAAGGGCUGCCUCUGAUGGUCUUUGCUAACUGGAGAGGCUUCUCUGGCGGGAUGAAGGAUAUGUACGACCAAGUGCUGAAAUUUGGUGCUUACAUCGUGGACGGCUUACGGGAGUGCUCGCAGCCUGUGAUGGUCUACAUCCCUCCCCAUGCCGAACUUCGGGGCGGCUCCUGGGUCGUGAUCGAUCCCACCAUCAACCCCCGGCACAUGGAGAUGUAUGCCGACCGGGAAAGCAGGGCAUCCGUUCUGGAACCAGAAGGGACCGUAGAAAUCAAAUUCCGCAAAAAGGAUCUGGUGAAAACCAUGCGUCGGUUGGACCCCGUCUACAUCCACUUGGCUGAGCGAUUGGGCACCCCUGAGCUCGGCGCCGCCGAGCGGAAGGAGCUGGAGAACAAGCUGAAGGAGCGGGAGGAGUUCCUGUUGCCCAUCUACCACCAGGUAGCCGUGCAGUUUGCUGACUUGCACGACACCCCGGGCCGGAUGCAGGAGAAGGGCGUUAUUAACGACAUCCUGGAUUGGAAAACAUCCCGCACCUUCUUCUACUGGCGGCUGAGGCGCCUCCUGCUGGAGGACCUGGUCAAGAAGAAAAUCCACAACGCCAACCCCGAGCUGACAGACGGCCAGGCGCAGGCCAUGCUGCGACGCUGGUUUGUGGAAGUGGAGGGAACAGUGAAGGCCUACAUUUGGGACAACAACAAGGACCUGGUCGAGUGGCUGGAGAAACAGCUGGCAGAGGAGGACGGCGUUCGCUCAGUAAUAGAUGAAAACAUCAAAUACAUCAGCAGAGAUUACGCCCUCAAGCAGAUCCGCAGCUUGGUCCAGGCCAACCCAGAGGUCGCCAUGGAUUCCAUCGUCCACAUGACCCAGCACAUCUCACCCACUCAGCGAGCAGAAGUCGUCCGGAUCCUGUCCACCAUGGACUCCCCUUCGACGUAGGGAGAGCCCCUGCCCCCGCCCUGCCCCCAGAGAAAAGGGCUAGACUAGAGCUGCCUUUUACUACGGAAACCACUGUCACAGGAAGGCACCGGCGACCCAGCACUGGAAUCAAACUGGCAUUUCCUUCCCCUCGAAUGUUUCAGGUUCUGUGUGGGACACAGGGUCUCAGAGCCGCGCUCCAGCCCCGUCACACCUGUCCUGUUCAGUAUUUAUUACUCUGCACACAGCCAGAAGGCAAUGAAGGGUACGCACACGUACCAUGAGGUCUUCCUACCCAGAAGCAGGGCUGCCCAGGGCCCCAGCCCAGGGACGUGCCAGGCAGUCAGCAGCCCUCCCCCGGCCCCGGGAGCCUGCACCCCAGGUAGCAGGGGAGGGCUGGGCUGAGGAAGAAGCCUCAUGUCCAUCAUUUCUUUACCCCCACCUUCAGCCCGGCACACACUAGCCCUGGAGAGGAAUCAUGCCCAGCCUCAUCACACCAAGGUACUGUUUGUGGAGGAAAAUAGAGCAUGAAAUUGGCACGCUCCAUGGGAACUUGAAGAUGAAGGCAAACCUUGAUCCAGGGAGCGGAGAGAGAAAACAGACCUGGUAGCUCAGAGGCCUCAACGUUAGGUCAUUUCUCUCGGAACAAAUGGGGACCUACCACUCCCUGCAGGUCACUGCCCAAGGCCAGUGCGGGGAGCUGCCUCUGUCCCUGCUGGGAAGUAGUUUCUCCUUUCAGACCUGGGAGGUUGUCACAGAGUCGCUGUCUCCAUUUCCAGGGCAGCAGGUCUCCCCGCCGCUGCUGACACCUGUGCUCUCUGCACCGGGACCCAGCUCCACGCCCCACGCCCCCCUCUUGGUGCUGCUGUCUUCCAGCUCACGGCUCUACCCACAGGGGCCCCACACGGGUGGUGGAGUUUAUUCAAGGACAGAGCUUACUGGUUCCCCCGAUGGUAUUCCUAAAGCAAGAGUGGCAGGUGACGAGGCUGGUGCAGCACCCAUUCCUACAGAGCAGCUAAUUGCAUUUGUCACCGGUGACCAAGGAAGAAAUCACUAAGACGUCUUAGAAGCACUGACAUGAAUACUGUAUACAAGCUACAGUUUGAGCCUUAACCCUGUAGUUCACAAGAAAGCUCCACUUCUCCUCCUCUGGGAACAGUCUGUGCCGAUGGCACUGUGUGGCUGGGUCUGUUACUGACACACACACUCCCCCUUCCCCCGGAGCAUGGGGCCUCGGCCAGGCUGCCCUGAUAAAGGUAUAGUGUUUGGCACGAUCGGAGGAGAGUGGGAAAAGGUAGGGAACUAUCGGUCCAGGAGGCAGCAUCCACCGUUGCUAGUAUCUGCUAACCCAGUAAGAAUUGACUUCAUCUCUGACCAGAUCAUUCCUCUCCGCUUUCCUGCAAUAAAUAAAGCGAUGCGCACCGACAGCCGGUGUGAAGCCUGCUCUCCAGCGGCCUGUGCUUGCCCGGCCUUUCCUCAGAGGCAGAGUGGGUUUCUCUCCUGUGCCUCUCCCCUCUGCAAAUUAUGACACAUUAAACGAAUCCAUUUCCUCUCUAGACCCCUGUAAUGCCGACUGCUCCAUCUCCAGAGCACCUCACGUUAGGUCUUACCCUGGGCAGGGGUUUUCCACGGGGAGAAGAGGGAGGAGCCACAGUGAGCCAGCUGACAGCCACAGCCCCCUUGCACAGGCAAGGUCGCCGAGGCAGGCGGGCAGCCAAGUACGGACCAGGACGUGCUGGACUGAGACUGCCACGUCCCCCCACCUCGUUCACAGAGCAGCCUUCACUUGCCUCAUUGGAAGUUCGAUGGACACACCCUGAUGAGCAAGGAGCUUCAGUCAAAUCUUUUCACAUUUUGUUGAAAUAAACCUCCAGUUUUUAGAAGA